AUGAACAACUUUGGAGUCUACGAGCUCGCCAACACAAAGGUGACCUCCGCCCCGGGAUGGGCCUACGUCCCCGACACGGGUGUCAACCCGGCCACCGCGGCGCUCCAGCCCGCGAACCGCAAGCGCGCCGCCCGCAACAAGGCGAACCCCUCCGCCUCGGACCUCACUGUGCGCCAGGAGGCCAAGAUCCGUAAGGAGCUCGAGCAGCUCGACCGCGACGGCGGCCGCGACGCAUCAAUCCCCAUCCCGGCCAAGGGGUCUAGGGGCCAGAACAAGAGCACCCCCAACGUCCGCAAGAUCCUCCAGUCCCAAAAGACGUUCCACAACCAUGUUGACGACUACCUCGCCCAACUCUCCCACGCCGAGCACACCCCGACGCCGCACCCCAACCAGCACACCCCGCGGCCCGCCAACAAGCCGCCGCACCCGAAUCAGCACACUAAACGCAACGCCGCGAAGCGCUCCAAGACGUCGACCCCUAGGCCCGCGCCGCCAACCCCCGCCGAGCCCUCGGACGUUGAGAUGACCCCUGCGCCCCCUGCCGCCGGCGCCGGCGGAGGAGACAACACGCCCGCGGCGGCGAGCGGGGAGGACCCGACUGGCCCCGUGCUGGCCCCCUACAAAGGCCACGUCCCCGCGCCGCACCCGGGCGACGACGACCCGCUCCUCGCGUCGCGCGUGCCCGACAUGCCGACGGACGAGGAGCUGCGCUGGCUGCUGUCGCGCCCGAUGCUGAGUUUCUGGGACGCGCGCGCCGAGCCGGGCGACGAAGACGUCGCGCGGUAUCCCGUCCGGACGUUCUGCGAGGUGUGCGGGUACUGGGGCCGCGUCCGGUGUAUGAAGUGCGGGACGAGGGUGUGCGCGCUCGACUGCCUCGAGACGCACCGCGAGGAGUGUUUCACCCGGUACGGUAUGUAA